CUUGAAUUACGAUUCUCUUUGCGCUGCUCUCUACAAACCGUGGAUCUUGUGAGCUGUGUCUAUACUUCCCCCAGCCACGAUAACGCAUUUCUUUACUCAUCUGCCUCCAACAUUAUCCAGCAUGCCUUCAGAGAUACCCCUGUACGAUAUAGUGAUUAUCGGAGCCGGACCAGUAGGUCUUCUCCUUUCAGUCUCGCUUUCAAGAUGGGGUUACAAAGUACGACACAUCGACAAUCGGCCAGUCCCGACGGCAACAGGGCGAGCCGACGGUAUCCAACCACGAUCUCUUGAGAUCUUGAGAAAUAUGGGCCUAAAACGAAAGAUCAUGGCCUAUGAUCCCGCCAGAGUUUUCGAAGUAGCCUUCUGGGAUCCCGCGCCACAGGGCAAGAUAGUCAGAACUGGCACAUGGGCAAGUUGUCCAGAUUUCCUCGAUGCCAGAUACCCUUUCACAGCGCUUCUCCACCAAGGGCACAUAGAAAGAGUCCUCAUCGAUGACCUUGCGAAAAAUGGCACCAGAGUCCUCCGGCCGUGGACCAUCACCCGCUUCGAGACCAACCACACAAACCCCGCAUACCCAGUCGAAGUCGAUCUGAAGAAUCUCGACAGCAACGUUACCGAGACCGUCCGCGCCAAAUAUCUCUUCAGCGGAGAAGGCGCGCGGAGUUUCGUCCGCGAACAAUUAGGCGUGCAAAUUCGACACAAAGAUCCCAUAUCGCACGUAUGGGGCGUCAUGGACGGCGUGGUCCGCACAAAUUUCCCCGACAUCAAGAUGAAAUGCACCAUCCACUCCGAUCACGGCAGUAUCAUGGUCAUCCCCCGCGAAGACAACAUGGUCAGACUAUACAUCCAGAUCGCCAGUUCGACCGACAAGGACUUUUCGGCGCGCAAGACCGCCACCGUGGAAGAAGUGCAAGCUGCAGCCAAGAGUAUCUUUCAGCCAUACUAUUGCGAGUGGGACCGCGUGGAGUGGUACUCAGUCUACCCGAUCGGCCAGGGCAUCGCCGACAAGUACACGCUCGACCACCGCGUCUUCAUGGGCGGCGACGUCUGCCAUACGCACAGUCCUAAAGCUGGUCAGGGUAUGAACACAGCGUUUCACGACGCCAUCAAUUUCGCCUGGAAAAUGCACCUUGUCGAGUCGGGCUUCGCGUCCCGCGACAUUUUGGGAACAUACGAAGUCGAGCGCAAAUUCAUCGCAGAAACCCUACUAAACUUCGACAACCAGUACGCCGCGCUGUUCUCCAAACGCCCACCUUCAGCCAGUGAAGUCGACAGCGCACAUAAGGGUGACGACAAGGCCGAGUCCGAGACCAAGAACGAUUUCGUGGAAAUGUUCAAAGCAAAUUGUGAAUUCACCGCGGGUUUCGGCGUCGCGUACAACGGCAACAUCUUCAAUCACUCUGCCGACCACCCGUUCCAGCACGAGCUGUUCAUCAAGGACUCGCCCAAGUUGCGACCGGGCCGGAUCAUGCCGCCGUCGAACGUGACAAGGGUAGUCGACGCGAACGUCGUGCACCUCGAGAACGAAAUCCCCUUUAACGGCGCGUUCAGGUUGUUCGUAUUCGCCGGUCUAGGACAAUCACCGAAGAAGGGCGGACAUCAAGCGCUGGUUGAUUUAGCUGAGGGUCUGACCGCCCCAGGAUCGUUCUAUGCAAGAUUUGGCUCCGAGGACCUCCAGCGCGACAACCACCACGAUAGCAAUAACCCGCAUUCGCGCUUUUUCUCGCUUGCGCUGACACUCGCGGCAAAGAGGCCUGAGAUCGAAAUAUCAGAUUUACCGGCUCUGUUCCAGGAUUACAGUGCGCGUAUCUAUGCGGAUGACAAGAGGGAUAUAAGGGUGCUGGACGCAAAGGCUGCGGCGCAUGCGAAAGUCGGACUUACUGGUGAUGAGGGCGCUGUCGUCGUCAUCCGUCCUGAUGGGCAUGUCGGUGUUGCUGUGCGGUUGGUACCAGGAAAGGGCACAGUUGAGGCGCUCGAGGGCUAUUUCAAGGGCUUUACAAAUGAAAGUACCGACACUCAGAGCAGUUCGGGUCUAGGUGGUGGGGCGGAGCAUGUUAAAGCGCAGCUUUGAAGUUUCUUUAUAGGAUUGUGGGCUUGAGGAGGUGGAUCGCGGCGUGCAUCAAAUCUCUUGAAGUUAAUAUUGUGUCAUAAGCGCUGAUUCUGUACAGUAUCAAGCACUAUGAACCAUUGCCUGUUCUGUUGACCGCCUGCGAUGUUUCGUUCCAUGUCAAAAUUGCUUUUCGACCCUCGUUGGAGCCAUGCCAUUCAAUGCUCACGCUAACACAAAGUCAAAUUCAUGUCCCAUUUUAUCGUCGGGUGUUCACGAAAAUCUGCCGUAUUGUGUGGCAUCUAAGCCGGACUCGUCUUCAAACUAAAUACU